AUGAAGGUUCGUCUGGAUUUUAACAUACCUGUUGAGGAGAAAGCAUUUCUGGCAAAAACGAAAGAAGUGGCCUCUCGUGCACUCCAAAAAAUACUUAAACUCGAAUCUCGCCUGGAUCCAAAUAAGGUGCCGACAGUGGCUUUGGUGUGUUCAGGAGGUGGCUCGAGGGUCAUGACAGGCACAUUUGGCUCUCUGAAAGGACUGCAACGUCUUGGCUUGUUGGACGUCAUCAGCUACAUCACCUCAUUGUCUGGCUCCACCUGGACUAAUGCAUAUCUCUACAAUGACCCAUUUUGGUCAACGAAAGACCUAGAUGAGGCAAUCAUGCUAGUGAAAAAAGAACUCUCUAAGAGUACCAAAAGUCUGUUUAGUCCAAGCCUUUUGCGGUAUUACUACUCGGAGGUGCAGCAGAAAAGGAACGAAGAUCAUCUUGUCCCUCCGAUUGACAUGUGGGGGCUCAUGAUCGAAAAUGCCAUUUAUGGAAAGAAACACACAGCUAAACUGUCUGACCAGCAGGAGGCACUCUUCGAGGGCCAGAACCCUCUCCCAAUCUACACAGCUGUCAGCAUGAAAAGGGAUUGUGGCGGCUCUAUGGUGGCUGAGUGGUGUGAGUUUACUCCACUUGAAGUGGGAUUCCCCAAAUAUGGAGGCUUUGUGCCUACAGAACAUUUUGGGAGUGAGUACUACCUCGGGCAUGUGGUUAAAAAAAUACCAGAGCCACGAGUCUCCUUCCUUUUAGGCAUGUGGAGCAGUGUCUUCUCUGUUAGCCUGCUGCAGAUCUGGAGGCAUGUCCAAGGAGGGAUGCCGUCCUGGACUUCAUGGUUGGGGGAGAAUGUGUCUAGCAUUGAGACAGAUGAUAAGCAGUCCACACUGGACACGUUGCAGCACAGUUCAGAGGCUUCAUCACUGAGCAACUUCUCGCACGUGUUUAACUUCCUGCGAGGAUUCUUCCUGCACAACACGUACACCGAAAGAUCCACCUUCAACACUUCUAAAGAGACACACCCGGAUGUGUUUCCAAACAACCUGACCCCAAUGGAUGCCACCCUUGGCUUGGUAGACGCUGGAUUCGAUAUUAACUUGCCCUUUUUUCCUGUGUUGCGACCACACCGACCUGCUGACGCCAUUCUGUCCCUUGACCACUCCUGGGAUGAGGAUCUUCUAAAGAACCUUAAGCUGACUCAGAAAUACUGGCAGUUGCCUUUUCCCAAAAUAGACUACAACAAGUUUAAGGACAAGCCCCCAAAGGAAGUAUUUGUGUUCGAGGACGAGGAGAAUCCCGAUGCUCCCAUAGUGAUCCAAUUCCCACUUGUCAACAUCUCCUUCAAAAAGUACAAAGAACCUGGAGUGAAGAGAUGGAAGAAGCUUAAGGCCGGAAAUGUUGAUGUGAGCAUCGGAUCCUCCCCAUAUGUCACAUAAAACCGCUAUAAUGUCUUGAACAGCAAGAAGAUCAUUGUGCAUGCUUUGGAGAAAGCUCUGAACAGAAAGGAGUCCACUAAGUAAGCUUCUAGCAAAACAAAAGAAAAGUGUAGUGUGUAAGAAACAGUUGCAUGUUGUUUCAUUCUUGCUAAUCAGCUACAAUACUAUGCAAAAGUCAUGCACCACCUAUCAGAUCUUUAUGAUCAUUUUACAUGAUGUAGAUUAAAUUAAAGGAAAUGUUUU